AUGGAAUAGUAAAAACUUAAUAAUUAAAGAGUAGAUUCAUUUUUUUUAAUAAAAGCAAAACCUUAACGAUGAUUAACUGACAUAGAGAAGAGAAUUGACUGCCUAUGAAUCAUGUUUGGAUUGUUGUGGUAGUUUUUCAGGAUUUUUGAGAGUAAAUAUAUUAAUAUAGAAUUUUAAAGGCAUGGUUUCCAUGUAUAUUUUGCUGUUGUGAAAAUCCAUUCUUUGCAGUUCAACAAAGCUCUGUAGGUUUAGUGGAAAAAUUUGGAAAAUAUCAUAGGAGCCUGCCACCAGGAUUAAAUCAAAUCAAUCCAUGCACAGUAUUAUAUUAUUUGAAUUUAAGGAUACGGUUAUACCAGUGGAUAUGAGAACAAGAGUAUUAGAUUUAGAUAGAUAAAUAAUACUAACAAAAGACAACAUAUAAGUUAAUAUUGACACAUGUAUGUAUUUUAGAAUAAUUGGUAUGUAAUUUAAUUAAAAUUCUUUUUUUUUUAAUAGAUCCUGUAAGGGCUACAUAUAGAGUUUCAAGAUUGACACAAUCUGUUAAAGAUAUGACUUAUGCUGCCUUAAGAUAAGUUUGUGGAGAACAUCAGCUUUAGGAUUUAUUAGAACAUAGAGAAAUGGUUUAGGAUGCAAUUGAAGCUUAUUUAGAUAGAUAAACUGAAUAAUGGGGAAUUUAUAUAGAAGAAGUAUUUAUAAAGGAUAUGGUUUUGACACCUUAAAUGUAAUCUGAUUUAGCUGCUGCUGCUAAAAAUAAGAGAAUUGCUUAAGCUAAAGUUAUUUCUGCUUAAGCUGAUGUGGAAAGUGCAAAAUUAAUGAAAGAAGCUGCUUAAGCUUUAGAUAGCAAGGCAGCCAUGCAAAUUAGAUUUUUAGAAACACUUUAAUUAUUAGCUAAAGGUCCAUCUUAAAAGCUCAUGUUUUUACCAUUAAGUCCAGAUUCAUAAGGAGCUCAUAAUGGAUGA